AUGACCAUUCGAACUUCUAAACCGAUACCAAAUUUUCCAACACAUGGUUUACUUCCUAAAGAGGAAACUGAAGCUGCCACUUUUAUCAAAAAAUAUCCUGAAUAUGAUGGUCGUGGUGUUGUUAUUGCUAUAUUAGAUACUGGUGUAGAUCCUGGGGCUGUUGGUUUGCAAACUACAACUGAGGACAAGCCAAAGAUUAUUGAUAUUAUCGAUUGUACCGGUUCCGGCGACGUGGUUACAAAAACUAUCGUGAAACCUACUAUUUCAAGAAUUGAUGAUGAAACAGUACACGUAAUUAAGGGUUUAUCAGGCCGUUCUCUUAUAAUUAAUCCUACUUGGAGUAAUCCAUCGGGUGAAUUUCGUGUUGGUAUAAAGAGAGCCUACGAGUUCUUCCCAAAAUCUUUGAUUACGAGAUUGAAAAAGGAACGAAGACAACAAUUUGAAACAAAACAUAAUCUACUUCAAGCAGAAGUGCAACAAAAACUUGUAGCAUGGGAAGAAGAUCAUCCAUCAGGUUCAUCUCCAACGGAAGCUGAUAUUGCUACCAAAGUUGAUCUUGAGAAUAGAGCCGAAGCACUUAAGGAUAUGCUAAAGAAUUAUGAAGAUCCUGGCAUAAUUUAUGAUGUGGUAACAUUCUUUGAUGGCGCAGAUUGGAGAGUAGUGGUUGAUGUUAAUGAAUCUGGUGAUUUGAGAGAAAGACAAUAUCAUACAUUCAGUCAAGAAGAUUUGUUGAAUUUCUCAGUUAACAUUUAUGAUGAAGGCGAUACUACCAGUAUCGUUACAGUGUCAAAAUCUCAUGGAACCCAUGUUGCAUCUAUAACAGCAGCACAUUAUCAGAAUGAACCAGAACUUAAUGGGAUUGCUCCCGGUUCUCAGAUUAUUUCGUUAAAAAUUGGGGACAUUCGUUUAGAAAGUAUGGAAACUGGUCUAGCAUUGACUAGAGCAGCCAUCUCACUCAUAGAAAGUAAAGCUGAUUUGGCUAAUAUGAGUUAUGGUGAAGCAACUGCUAUACCAGAUUAUGGAUAUUUUGUUAAUUUAAUUAGAGAAGAAGUUGUGGGAAAACGUGGUUGCAUAUUUUUAAGUAGUGCCGGAAAUUCUGGGCCGGCUUUAACCACUUUGGGAGCUCCCGUUGGUGCAUAUGUUACACAUUCAAUGGUUCAAGCUGAAUAUGCACUUCUUGAAUCUGUUCCUGAACGUUCAUACACUUGGAGUUCUCAAGGUCCAAAUGUUGAUGGUUCUAUUGGUGUUUCUAUCUAUGCUCCAGGAGGUGCUAUCACAUCAACUCCAUUAUAUUCAUUAACCAAAUCUCAAUUAAUGAAUGGUACUUCAAUGUCAUCGCCGAAUGCUACAGGAUGUGUAGCAUUACUUUUAUCAGGUCUUAAAGCCGAACGUAAAGAGUAUACACCUUAUAGGAUUAAAAAUGCUUUGGAGAAUAGUUCCAAACAGGUUAAUGAAAAUUUUAACGUUGGACUUAUUCAAGUCCAAAAAACUUGGGAUUAUCUUAAUAAAUUUUAUGAUCGAUUUGAUCAAGAUAUUGAAUAUGAGAUCAAAAUUCCGGAUAGACCAAUAAUUAAACGCGGUAUAUACUUGAGAGAAUCUCAUGAAACUUCAAGUCCCCAAUUAUUUAGUGUCGCAGUAAGACCAAAAUUCAUGAAAGAUGCCGAACCAACUUCUGGUGAUAAUAAUCCAAAGAAAUUUGAACUUGAAAAUAGAAUAGCGUUAGUAUGUACUCAACCUUGGAUCCGUGCUCCUGAUUUCUUAUUGUUGGGUAGUCAAGGAAGGUUAUUUGAUGUUAAAGUUGAUCCAACUCAAUUAUCACCCGGAAAUUUUUAUUUCGCUGAAGUUCAAGGAUACGAUACCACUUGUUCAGAACGAGGUCCUUUAUUCAAAGUACCUGUAACUAUAACAAAACCAAAUAUCAUAACUAAUGGAUAUAAAAUUAAUUAUGAUAAUUGUUCAUUUGGGCCUGGACAAAUUGAAAGAAGAUUCCUUAAAGUUCCAGAGGGAGCCACUUUUGCAGAUAUGACCGUCAAAUUUGCUACCAGUUCACUUACUUCACCUGCACGUUUAUGGUUACAUCUAAUUCAAUUAUUACCUCAAAAACGAUUCUCUGCUCAUGAACGCAAAUAUUAUUUUUCAUUAGUUAAAGGAAGUUGUGAAGGUGAAGGUGAAGAACAAGUAACAAAAAAACAAUUUUCUGUUAUUGGAGGUUUUACUUUAGAAAUUUGUCUUUCUCAAUUUUGGUCUAGUCUCGGAAAUCAUAAAGUUUCAUUAGAAAUUAUUUUUCAUGGAACUCAAAUUGUUAAUAAUUCAGCUAGUGGAUGUGAUGUUUUUAUAAAUGGAAAUGAUUCUUUCACUCGUUUAGAUAUUGUUACUCCAGUUAGAAGAGAUGAAAUUAAUCCGUCUAUACAACUUGAUACACUUCGCAAAUCGAUUCGACCAAUCGAGUCUUCAUUAAAACCUUUAGGAUUAGAUCGAGAUGUUCUUCCAGAUUCAAAAAAAACUUUUGCGCUCACACUUACUUAUAAAUUUAAUGUAUCUGAAAAAAAUAUGAAUCUUGUUCCACGAUUUCCUGCCUUCUUUGACUUAUUAUAUGAUUCUUAUCUCGAAGGUUUCUCUGGCAUACUUUAUGAUGUAAAUAAAAAAGUUAUUGGAUGGUUAGAUGUAUAUCCAAAGAACUUUAAAUUAGAAACAAAAGGCGAUUAUAUCUUACAAACACAAAUCCGUCAUCAUUCUCAUGAAAUAUUAGAAAAAUUUAAUAAUACUAUCUGUAUUUUAGAUUAUAAUAUUUCAAAAAAAGUUAAUUUAAAUGUAUAUAGUCAAAUACCUGACGUAUUUGCUUCUGAAAAAUCUACUUUAGGAAGGCUUUCUUUAGAAAAAGAUGCUAAAAAAGCAAUAUUUAUUGGUUCACCUAUAGAUUAUUCGGUUUAUCCUAAAGAUGGUAAACCAGGUGAUCUAUUAUUAGGAAAAUUUAAUUUGAUAAGUUCUAUAAAAGUUGACGGCGGUCAAUAUCAAGCUAAAUUGUUAAUUCCGCCAGUUCCCAUUAAACCAAAAGAUACACCUAUUCCAAUUGGUAAUGGUGGUGGUGAUAAAGAAGUUAAAAAUAUUACUGAUGAAGGAUCAGGAAAACUAGAGGAAACAACUACCGAAGAAGAAAAAUUAGAUAAUGAAUUAAUGGAAUCAAUUAGAGAUUUACAAAUAUCUUAUUUAAAAAAAUUUCAAGCUGAUUCAAGAGCUCGUAAUUUAUUAAUUAAAGAACUAGAAAAUAAUUUUCCAAAUCAUUUACCAUUAUUAAUUACAAAGUUAGAAUUACUUUUAGAAUCAUCCAAAACAACAACAACAACUGAUGAAAGUAGUAAUGAAGAUAAUGAAGAUAUUUCGUCUGAAACUGCUCAUAAAAUUUGCGAAUUGACAGAUGAAUUAUUGAAAAAAAUUAAUUUAACGGAAUUAGCUCAAUAUUAUGGACUUAAACAAGAUAUCAACGCGAAUGAAAUGGCUAAAAAGAAGAAAAAAGAAAAUGAUGAGAAAAAGAAGGCAGUUAUAUUUGCAUAUAGAGCCAAAGCUCAAGCAUUAGCAGUUCUUAGUGAUGCAACAACUUCUUCAAAUGAAUUAGAUACAUUAUUUGAAAAAACCUGGAAAGAAUUAGCACAAUGGUUAGAUUCUAUUCCACCGAUUUCAGAUUUUAAAAAUCUUCAAAUUUAUAUAAUUCGAGAACGAAAAGCACAUAGAUUUGGUAAUGCAUUAAAAGCAUUAAACAAAUAUUUAAAUGAGGUAGGAUUAACUAAUGAUACAAUUAAAGAAUAUGAGAAAGCUUUGAAGUUGAAACUUAGAUUAUUAACUGAUUUAGAUUGGGAAGUUUGGGAAGAAUUUGAAAGAAAAUGGAAAUUAAUUAGAAUUCCACCUGUUCAAGGAUCAAGGAUCUAUCAUUCACAUCAACAUAAUCAAGAUCAUAAAAUUGAUUAG